AUGAUGAAAAUAUUGUGUUAUUCGGCUAGAACAAAAUCGCUUACUAUUGCUAUGCGAGGUAUCUCGACAAGCAAUUUUUUGAAUGAAAAUCACAAAUGCAAGUUGUUAGUGGUUGGUGGUGGUUCAGGAGGAUGUUCCGUUGCGGCCAAAGCAUCCAACAAAUUGGGCGAAGGAAAAGUAAUCGUACUAGAGCCGGCUGAUAAACAUUAUUAUCAACCGAUGUUUACUUUAAUUGGCGGAGGAAUUAAAAAGCUAGAGGAUAGCUACCGUCCCAUGAAAACUGUUUUACCCGCACUAGCCACUUGGAUUAAGGAUUCGGCCAUAAAAUUCGAACCCGAACACAACACCGUUCAUACAAGUAACGGAGACAAAAUCGAAUAUGAAUACCUGCUUGUUGCCGUCGGAUUGCAACUGAACUACGAUAAAAUUCCUGGGUUGGUGGAAGCCCUUUCGGUUCCAAAUGGAAACGUUUGCUCCAAUUAUUCGCCAAAAUAUGUUGACCGUACUUUCCAAGCAUUACAAAAUUUCAAAGGUGGCAACGCAGUGUUCACCUUCCCAAACAGCCCCGUGAAGUGUCCAGGGGCUCCACAAAAAAUACUCUACAUCGCGGAACACUACUUCCGCAAGUCCAAUAAGCGUAAAAAUGCGCAAUUGCAGUACAACACCGCCCUGCCGGUAUUGUUUGGUGUGAAGCAUUACGCUGAUGCCCUGUGGGAAAUAGUGAAGAAGCGUGAUAUAAAUGUGAAUCUGCGUACGAAUUUGGUUGAAGUCAAGCCAACUAUCAACGAAGCGGUGUUCGAAAACCUAGACAAACCAGAGGAACAAUUUACCGUUAAAUAUGAGUUUCUGCACGUUACCCCGCCCAUGGGUGCCCCAGAUGUAUUGAAAGCUUGCAAAAGCCUAGUUAAUGAAGUGGGCUUCGUCGACGUAAGCAAGGAUACGCUUCAGCAUCAGAAAUUCAGCAAUGUCUUUGCCAUAGGCGACUGUUCAUCUUCUCCGAAUUCCAAAACAGCGGCCUCUGUGGCUGCCCAGUCGCAAGUUGUGUACAAAAAUUUAAUGGCAGCGAUGGAGGAUAAAACACCUAAUCAUGUGUUCGAUGGAUACGCAUCCUGUCCGUUGGUCACGGGAUACAACACGUGUGUGCUAGCCGAGUUUGACUACUCUUUGACGCCCUUGGAAACUUUCCCACUCGAUCAACGCAAAGAGCGUUUCUCGAUGUACCUCAUGAAGAAGGAUUUCAUGCCGAUGCUCUAUUGGCAUUUGUUACUGAAUGGUCUUUGGAAUGGGCCUGGCUUACUGCGAAAGCUGAUGCAUUUCCGUCUCUGA